UAAAGGUGUCGCGCAGGUUCCGCCCGGGCGCGUCAUUCCGCCGCCCCGGGCCCGGUGCCGCUGCCGCCGCCGCUGCUUCCCCUGAGCCGCGGCCCCCGCCCGCUGCCCCCCUCGUGGGGCUGCCGGUCCGCGUCAGCGGCCACCCCCCUCCCGCACCGGCCCGCCGGCAGGCGCCGGUUGUGCCCUCCCCGCCCCUUCCUCCCCUGUCUUCCCCUCACCCCACCCCCCCGCCCGCCCGGCCCCUCUCCCGCCGGCCGAGCCCCCGGAGCGCCGCCGCCGCCGGGGUGUGAGCGGGGCCCGGCGCCGUGCCGGGCCGUCCCUCACCGGUGGGGCCAUGGCCGCGAGCGCCAAGCGGAAGCAGGAGGAGAAGCACCUGAAGCUGCUGCGGGAGAUGAGCAGCCUCCCGCCCAACCGCAAGUGCUUCGACUGCGACCAACGGGGCCCCACCUACACCGACAUGACCGUGGGCAGCUUCGUGUGCACCUCCUGCUCCGGCAUCCUGCGGGGCUUGAAUCCACCCCACAGAGUGAAGUCGAUUUCAAUGACUACGUUCACACAACAGGAAAUAGAAUUUCUGCAGAAACAUGGAAAUGAAGUGUGCAAACAGAUUUGGCUAGGCCUAUUUGAUGAUAGAUCAUCAGCAAUUCCAGACUUCAGGGAUCCACAGAAAGUAAAGGAAUUUCUACAGGAAAAAUAUGAAAAGAAAAGAUGGUAUGUUCCUCCAGAGCAAGCAAAGGUGGUGGCAUCAGUCCAUGCAUCCAUCUCGGGCUCUUCUGCCAGUAGUACAAGCAGCACACCUGAGGUGAAGCCGCUCAAAUCUCUCUUGGGAGAAGCUGCACCCGCACUGCACUUAAACAAGGGCACACCUAGCCAAUCUCCUGUUGUAGUUCGAUCUCAAGGACAGCAGCAACAAGAAAAGAAACAAUUUGACCUCCUCAGUGACCUUGGCUCAGAUAUCUUUGCUGCUGCCCCUCCUCAGUCAACUGCUACAGCGAAUUUUGCUAAUUUUGCACACUUCAACAGUCAUACAGCGCAGAACUCUGCCAAUGCAGGUUUUGCAAACUUUGAUGCAUUUGGACAGUCUAGUGGCUCGAGUAAUUUUGGAGGUUUCCCCACAGCAAGUCAGUCUCCUUUUCAGCCCCAAAAUACAGUGUGGUGUUGUUUUAAACUUUUUUUUCAAAUUUUCUUUCUCCCUUCUUAUGUUAACUUUAACCCACACACAAUUUCUGGCUGUCCAGCGUUCAGAACGCUUUCAUCUAGCUGCAGUUUUGGUGAAUUUACUUCAGCUUUUCCUCUCCAGGCUGUACACAGUGGAAGUGCUGGAUCAGUGAAUGCUAAUUUUGCUCACUUUGAUAACUUCCCCAAAUCCUCCAGUGCUGAUUUUGGAUCCUUCAAUGCUUCUCAGAGCAACGCCACAGCAACUGCAGCCAGUAAAGCUGCAGUGAAUAAACUGAAUCUUCAGUCAGCUGAUAAAUAUGCAGCUCUUGCUAAUUUAGAUAAUAUCUUCAGUGCAGGGCAAGGUGGGAGUGAGCAGGGAAGUGGCUUCAGCACAGCAGUGUCCUCAGCAGGCCCUGCCCUGUCAGCUCCCAACCAGUCAAGUGCAUCUUCAGACAAGUACGCGGCGCUGGCGGAGCUGGACAGCGUCUUCAGCUCCACGGCCACCUCCAGCAACGCCUACACCGCCACCAGUAACGUCAGCAGCAAUGCUUUUGGAACAGUACCUGUAGCUGCUACAGCACAGACACAGCCUGCAUCUUCAAGUGUGCCUGCUCCAUUUGGAGCAACACCUUCCACAAAUCCAUUUGUAGCUGCCCCUGUUGCCCCAGUGGCACCUUCAACAAAUCCAUUCCAGACCAAUAGCCGAGGAGCAACAGCAGCAACAUUUGGUACUGCAUCCAUGAGCAUGCCGGCAGGAUUUGGAACUCCUGCCUCCUACAGUCUUCCUACUAGUUAUAGUGGCAACUUCCAGCAGCCCACGUUCCCAACCCAGGCAGCUUUCCCUCAACAGACUGCUUUUGCUCAGCAGCCAAAUGGAGCAGGUUUUGCUACAUUUGGGCAAGCAAAGCCUGUAGUAACUCCUUUUGGACAAGUUGCAGCUGUUGGAGUAUCUAGUAACCCUUUUAUGGCUGGUGCACCAACAGGACAAUUUCCAACAGGAAGCUCAUCAACCAAUCCUUUCUUAUAGCCUUAUAGACACUUUACCCAAAAGAACUCUUAUGUGGUCACAUAACAUCUCUGCGCCUCUUGCACUGUUGUCUUGUUUCACUGAUAUUAGCUUUAAACACAAAAGAAGUCUUUAAGAAAUAAAAAUAAAAGCCUGCAUUGUGUACCUUUAAAAAGUUUCAAAAAGGAAAAAAAAAACACCCGACACAAAAAGCAAGAAAACCAACCCCCCACCAGGUAAUAACGUGCAAAACAGAGGGCUGUGGUAACAUCCUUGAACCUGUGAAGUGGCAGGUACAAAGUAGCGGUAUCAUGUGUAUUAAAAUUGGCUAAUAAGUUAUUGCAGAUACCACACUCAUUAUGCUGCAGUACUGUACAUAUUUUUCUUAGAAAAUAGCUAUUUGUGCAUAUCAGUAUUUGUAACUUUAACACAUUGUUAUGUGAAAAAUGUUACUGGGGAAUAGAUCAGCCACUUUAAGGUGCUGUUGUAUCUCUUGGAAUGAAUGAGCUGCAUCAUUUUAACCAUUGGUAUUGGAAGUCACGAAGUUAAAUUGAAGGUUUGUUCAUUUCUCAAAAUGUUUUCCUUUCCUAAGAGCUCUUCUAUUUAUACAUGCCUAAAUCUCUAAUGUUAGAGGGAUACCUGUCUGCAUAAUAAAGCUGAUCAUGUUUUGCUACAGUUUGCAGGUGAAAAAAUAAAUAUUAGAAAAAAAAA